CCGGGAAGUCCUCAGAUCGAUACUGCCUGAAUGUCGUAGUAUACGGGCCAAACCCCGGGCCUUAAUGACGGAGUCAUACGACAUUUUCUGGUCUGUUAAAAAGGCAACUAACAGUUGACACUUGAUUGAGCAAGACAGAAGCAAAGCUCUAGGGGUAACUAAAUGUGGCAGAGAACAGAGAUAGGAGAAGUGUGAGUGAAGAGGACACUAUUAUGCCUGAGGAACCAACGGGUGCAAACAGGACAAACUAGCCUCAUCGCUCUCACUCUCGAUUUCCCCCCCCAAAGUGAGUUGAUCUUCAUCCUCUCUCUUCCUCUCUCUCACUGUCUCUUCUCUCUUCAUCUUCAUUUCUGUUCUUUUUUCUUGCCUCUCGUCCAAUAUCCGUGUCUUUCUCCCCCUUUAAUCUCUUCCCUCCGUUUUAAUCAGUCACCAUGGUUUCUGAGCGUGAUAGCAAGACUUUCCUCGCAAGGCUCUGCGAGCAGGCCGAGCGUUACGAUGAAAUGGUCACCUACAUGAAGGAAGUCGCCAACAUUGGAGGUGAACUUACCGUCGAUGAGCGUAACCUUCUGUCCGUUGCGUACAAGAACGUUGUCGGCACCCGCCGUGCCUCUUGGCGUAUCAUCUCCUCCAUCGAACAGAAGGAGGAGUCCAAGGGUUCUGAGCAGCACGUUACCAUCAUCCGUGACUACCGCCUGAAGAUCGAGAAGGAACUCGAGCGCGUCUGCGGGGAUGUCCUCGACGUUCUGGAUGAGGCCCUCAUUCCCAAGGCCGAGACUGGCGAGUCCAAGGUCUUCUACCACAAGAUGAAGGGUGACUACCACCGUUACCUUGCUGAGUUCGCUUCUGGCGGCCAGCGCAAGGAAGCUGCCACCGCCGCCCACGAGGCUUACAAGAACGCCACCGAUGUCGCUCAGACCGAACUCACCCCUACCCAUCCCAUCCGUCUCGGACUCGCCCUCAACUUCUCCGUUUUCUACUACGAGAUUCUGAACUCGCCCGACCGUGCUUGCCACCUUGCCAAGCAGGCGUUCGAUGACGCCAUUGCUGAGCUCGACUCCCUCUCCGAAGAGAGCUACCGUGACAGCACUCUGAUCAUGCAGCUUCUGCGUGACAACCUGACCUUGUGGACUUCGUCUGACGGCAACGAGGCCGAGGGUGGCGCCAAGGAGGACAAGCCCGAGGAGGAGUCCGCCCCGGCUCCUGAGGACAAGGGUGAGGAGCCCAAGCCUGCUGCUCCCGAAUCCUAAGCCAGACAGGCGAGGCAAGUUGGAGGUUCGUUUUUCUUUGUUAUAGCAAAAAGCCCGUGUUGUGUCCUCAAGCGUUCGUCUAUUUGGACUUUCGAGAUCCUUCGAAGUGAAUUUUUUUGUGGGUGAAGGACUUGCUGGUAGCUGCAUGGCAAAUUCGAAACUGGCGCAUACAUACACUAUCUUUUCCACUUUGUUCGGUCGGCCGAAGGAGUUUGAUAUUUGGAGGGCGAGGAAAGGGGGGCUGAAUGGAGUUUAUUUCUUUCGUUCACUCUCUUUCCCAGCUCAGCAGGGUACCAAUGUGCUUCAUCUUCCCGUAUUUUAAUCUGUUAUAUUCCAUACUCUCCCUGACCCUCGUGAAUUGAAAGUAAUGCUUUAUCCUCG